CCUUGUUUGGAGUAAACUUUGGCAGCAUCUGACGGCUUAGAUGUUUGCUUUUCCAUCUGUUGAUGUGCUUUUUGGGAGUCUUCUGGCCUGCCAGAGAAAACAUCUAGAAGAACCACGACGCCAAAUCUCAGCAUUCCCUUGGGUCCCCAAACCCCACCAGCCUCCUGAGAGAAGGCGGCGGAGGCGAAAUAGAAAACAGACGUGCCUGCAGCGCGCUGGCUCCGGCGGCUGCUGGAGAGUAGAGUGGAAACGGCAGGGAUUUCGACCCCCACUCCCCGGCACCCGGUACCCACUCACGGGCGCGCCUUCAUGAACGCUCCUCUCGUGUUUGGAACUCGGAAUUGCAGACGGCAGUUGCGAAGGCUCUCUGACUCCGCUGUGUGCCUAGCGCAUUCGUUCACGUUGCGGUCCGGCGUCUGCGGCCGGCGCGCUCGGCUCGCGGCGGGUCUGCGGUGACAGCGCGCGGCGCGGCCGAGGGAGGGGACGCCGCCGAGCGCAGGGCGCGGGCGCCAGGGUGCGCGCUCCGCCGCGGGGGGACCCCGGACGCCGCCGGCCGAGCUAUGACGGACGCCAGCAACAGGAAGGAGGGCUUCAAAAAAUGUCGGAGCGCCACUUUCAGCAUCGAUGGCUACAGCUUCACUAUCGUUGCAAAUGAGGCUGGAGACAAAAAUGCCAGACCACUUGCCCGCUUCUCCCGGUCUAAGUCACAGAACUGUCUGUGGAAUUCCCUCAUCGAUGGGCUCACAGGGAGUGUCAAGGAGAAGCCACAGCCAACGAUCGUUCACGACCCCCGGCCACCCGAGGAAAUCCUAGCUGAUGAGCUGCCGCAGCUGGACAGUCCCGAAGCUUUGGUGAAGACAUCCUUCAGGUUGCGGUCUUUGGUCAAACAAUUAGAGAGAGGGGAGGCUUCAGUGGUAGAUCUUAAGAAGAAUUUGGAAUAUGCAGCCACAGUACUUGAAUCUGUAUAUAUUGAUGAAACCAGGCGACUCCUGGAUACUGAGGAUGAGCUGAGUGACAUCCAGUCUGAUGCUGUGCCUUCUGAGGUCCGAGACUGGCUGGCCUCCACCUUCACACGGCAGAUGGGGAUGAUGCUCAGAAGGAGUGAGGAGAAACCGCGGUUCAAGACCAUCGUCCAUGCAGUGCAGGCUGGGAUAUUUGUGGAGAGAAUGUACAGACGGACAUCAAACAUGGUUGGACUGAGCUACCCACCUGCUGUUAUUGAAGCGUUAAAGGAUGUGGACCAGUGGUCCUUUGAUGUCUUUUCCCUCAAUGACGCCAGCGGGGAUCAUGCACUGAAAUUCAUUUUCUAUGAAUUACUCACACGCUACGACCUGAUUAGCCGUUUCAAGAUCCCCAUUUCUGCACUUGUCUCAUUUGUGGAAGCCCUGGAAGUGGGGUACAGCAAGCAUAAGAACCCUUACCACAAUUUGAUGCAUGCUGCAGACGUCACUCAGACUGUCCACUACCUCCUCUAUAAGACAGGAGUAGCAAACUGGCUGACGGAGCUGGAGAUCUUUGCUAUAAUCUUCUCAGCUGCUAUCCAUGACUAUGAGCAUACUGGAACCACCAACAACUUCCACAUUCAGACACGAUCUGAUCCAGCCAUUCUGUACAAUGAUAGGUCUGUAUUGGAAAACCACCAUUUAAGUGCAACUUAUCGCCUUCUACAAGAGGAUGAAGAAAUGAAUAUUUUGGUCAACCUUUCAAAGGAAGAUUGGAGGGAGUUUCGGACCUUGGUAAUUGAGAUGGUGAUGGCCACGGAUAUGUCCUGUCACUUCCAACAAAUCAAAGCGAUGAAGACUGCCCUGCAGCAGCCAGAAGCAAUUGAAAAGCCAAAAGCCUUAUCCCUGAUGCUGCACACAGCAGAUAUUAGCCAUCCAGCAAAAGCCUGGGAUCUCCAUCAUCGCUGGACUAUGUCACUUCUGGAGGAGUUCUUCAGACAGGGUGACAGAGAAGCAGAACUGGGGCUGCCAUUUUCUCCUCUGUGUGACCGAAAGUCAACCAUGGUAGCUCAGUCACAAGUAGGUUUUAUUGAUUUCAUCGUGGAGCCCACCUUUACUGUGCUCACGGACAUGACCGAGAGGAUCGUGAACCCACUGAUGGAUGAGCCCUCCCAGACUGGCGGGACGGCACAGAGGCGAUCAAGUUUGAACAGCAUCAGCUCAUCAGAUGUAAAGCGAUCAGGUGUCAAGAGCAGUGGGUCAGAAGGAAGUGCCCCCAUCAACAAUUCUGUCAUCCCUGUUAACUGUAAGAGUUUCAAAACCACUUGGACGGAGGUGGUACACAUCAACCGUGAGAGAUGGAGGGCCAAAGUGCCCAAAGAGGAGAAGGCCAAGAAGGAAGCAGAGGAAAAGGCUCGCCUGGCCGCAGAGGAGAAGCAAAAGGAAAUGGAAGCCAAAAGCCAGGCUGAGGAAGGUACAGCUGGCAAAGCUGAGAAAAAGACAUCUGGGGAAACCAAGAAUCAAGUCAAUGGAACACGCACAAACAAAAGUGACAACCCUCGUGGGAAACAUUCCAAAGCUGAGAAAUCCUCUGGAGAAAAGCAACAGAAUGGUAACUUGAAAGAUAGUAAAACUAAGACAGACAAGAAGGAUCAAUCCAAUGUCAGAAGUGAUUCAAAGAAAACAGAUGAUUCAGAAGAGUAAAAAACACCUCAUAUACAAUUAAAGAGACUGCCAAGGUCUUGCAUCAUUUUAGCUGAGCUUCUUCAUUCUCCUCCUCCUUCUUCUUCUUCUUCCACAAAGACCCAAAUCUGGGGAAGGUGUACAACUUUCAAAAACAAGCCCCUACCCUUGGCCUUCUCUCAUGCCAUUUCAUCCCAGGGAAUGACUCUUUGGGAGUUGGUUUGAGGUCUAGAACUCGGGGGGAGUUCCCCUUGAGAAAUCAAAACAACUUGAAAUUUUUGCACAAACAGAAACAAAACAUGAAGGAACUUCCUCAGAAUCCUUUGCUAAUGCCCUGGCUUUCAAGGCACCUGUCUGGCCCGAUGAAAACGGACUUCCUGGAUAUGCCAAGAGAGGCCUGAAAAAGCCACGUACACCGUAAUUGCCAUUUUUUUGUACUGUCAAUGUUUUUAUGUUAAAUGUUAUUUUUUGCACUGGUGACUCACAGUGGAUACACACAUGCUGGCCUUCUUCACAGCUAAGAGGACGCUUCCAUCUGUCACUGUUUCUUUCCCAUGUCAGGAACAUUCUUUUUUUCCAACUUCCUUUCCUACUUAAAAAUUGCUCUUAUGCUUUUCUUUUCACUUAUACAAUAUGAAAUUCUGUUUGUAUUUUUAAAAGGAGAUUGCCCUAGAGGAACCUUUAUUUGAUGCUUAAUUUAUUUUGUGUGGCAUUAAUUAUUAUUAAUCUGAACGGUUCAGCUGUUGAUCAUGCUGUUCAGUUGGAAAAUCCGUUGUUUUCUUUGAGUAUCAUCCAGUAAGAAGUUACUGAGAUUUUUGCCAUUGGCCAGUCCUCUUCUUUGGGCUGUCUGUGGUUUGCCUUUAUUACUCCUGUUUUCAUUCAGAAAAAUUCUGAGGGGGUUAGUCUGAGGGAGGUAUAUUAGAGAAUUCUUUUUGUUUUAGCAGGUCUUUAAAAAUACCAGGUAGGAACUGAGUAAGAGCAUGAAUAAAAAUUAGAAUAAAACAAAUUAGCAUAGAAAGAGGGCAAAGACACUUAGCCCCCCGGAAACCAAAUUAAAGGUGGGAUUCAAUGGUGUAUGAGUGAAGUGUAAUUUUGUGGCUCUGAGUGGUGUAAUUUGUAUAAAAGUGAUUUGUAAAACAUGGCCAUGGGCCACAAAGGAAUUGUUGAGUCCUUCCCAAAAGCAAAUCACAGGAAUAUGCUUUGGAAGGAGUGGGAUAGUCAUAGGAAGAGAGAGAGCUAGACAACAGAUUUAAGUGUUUCCCCUGUUGCAGAUUUAAUUUCAGUAUUAAAAAGCACAAGAAGGGACAUUUUAAAAAUCUCAUUACAAAGGAAAAUUAUUGGUAUUUCUUUAGACAGAAAGAAGACUGUGUAUGUGGUCUACAAGGCCUUUUGCCUUGCUGAAAUAUUCCCCAGCAGAAAGGUUUGAGGGACUUUGUUGUAGAGAAUUUCACAGUAGCAGGCUGCUAUUUGAGCAGGCUUCUUGUCAGCAUUACAUUUUGCCUUGUUAACAACACAUAUUUUUCUAUUCCUCCUCCUUCUUUCCUAAAGUUGACUACAAUAAAUAAUAUGGUCACCAAUUCAAAUCACCCCAGGGGCCUAGCAGAUAAAGUAAAUGAAUAAAGCAAGCCACGCAGUGUCAGCAAUAUUGUGAUAAAUGGCAAUUCAUAAUAAGCCUCAGUAUCAGUGAGGCAGUAGGGAGUGGCAAGGACUGAGGAAUUGGAGUGGGCAUGUGUUGUCAAAAAGAGGCAGCUGCUGGCUGACUACUGGAUCAGUGGCAAGUAGGAAUGGGUGUCCAGUGUCAUUGCCAGAUCUUCUGAUUUCUCAGAGCUAGAUACCUGGAUUUUAUAUAAACACUCUCCAAUUUUUUUAAUAUUGGCAUCUAAUUCAGAAAAUACUAUACCGGUCAAACAAGCCAUGUAUUUGAGCUGCCUUCAACCCACGGGGCAUCGGUUUGCUAAGUUCUUUGAGGGGGGGUGAUUUUGUAUAGGAAUUAAAUACAACAAACUGUAUGUCAAUUCUUCGUGCUUGGAAGCUGGAUUUUUUUUGUACCUUGCCUCUAUUCUGUGUUUUGUACGUGGGGCCUUGCAGCUUGUCAAAAUAGAAAAUCUAUAGCUCCCUUUUAUAAUCUAACUAGUAAAACUAAACAAUAUUUGGAAAGAAACAGGAAUAUAGCCAUUUUUUCUAGCGCCAAUAAAGAUGAAAAUUGUUUUUGUUUGUUUUAAGUCAUUCAUUAGCUGAAAAAGAGUGGGGAGAGAAUUUCAGCCCAUAAAGAGCUCUGCUUGCAACUCUCAGUGAGAAAAAAACAAAAGUUCCAUGUAACACUUAUUUUUAAAUCGUAAAAAAGUGCUUUGAAAGGGCAUUGAGUAAAAAUGCCAAGUUAUCUAUUUUGAAAAAUACAAAACAAAGUAUUAUUAUGCUAUGAAUUGAUACUGGAGCUGAUAAAACAUUAAGAUAAUUAUUCCAAGUCAGUAUUGACCGGAAGAACAGUAUUUCCAAAGUUCUAACUCAUAUUUUAUGGUUUUCUGGUUCUUUUGAAGCAACUUCCUCCAAGUUGAGCAACAUGUGAUGAACAUUCUUUCAUUGCGCAGCUUAUGGAAUCU